CCAGGUCGCGCUCUGAGCGCCUCAGGUCGGCUGCAUUCAUGGCGGCGCCCUGCAAGGCGGUGAUCGUCCCCGGGAACGGGGGCGUGGAUGUGGCCACCUACGGCUGGUACGGCUGGGUGAAGAGGAGGCUGGAGCAGAUACCUGGUUUCCAGUGUUUGGCUAAAAACAUGCCUGACCCAAUCACAGCUCGAGAGAGCAUCUGGCUGCCCUUCAUGGAGACGGAGCUGCACUGUGACGAGGAGACCAUCAUCAUAGGCCACAGUUCUGGGGCCAUUGCAGCCAUGAGGUAUGCAGAGACCCACCGGGUGUAUGCUAUCGUGUUAGUGUCUGCGUACACGUCUGACCUGGGGGAUGACAAUGAACGGGCAAGUGGAUACUUCAGCCGCCCCUGGCAGUGGGAGAAGAUCAAAGCCAACUGCCCUCACAUUGUGCAGUUUGGCUCCACCGACGAUCCUUUCCUUCCUUGGAAGGAACAACAAGAAGUGGCCAACAGGUUGGAAGCCAAAUUGUACAGAUUCACUGACCGUGGCCAUUUCCAGAGCACGGAGUUUCAUGAACUGGUUAGUGUGGUCAAGUCCAUGCUGGAAGUGCCAGGAUAGCCAGGGUGGUUCCUGCUGUUCUACGUAACAACAUGGGAGUAGGGCCACGAUCAGAUUAUUAACAGAUGACGAUCAUCUAUUAUCAGAUGAAUAGCGGGCAUGCAAACCAGAUCAAAUUAAGGUCCAAAAAACACACACGUUUCAAUGUUCAAACUAAAUUACAAACAGUAUUUUCAUUUUCAGUAGAAUCCACAUCUCAAAUUACUCUGACCUAAAACAGUAUUUUUCCCAUUCGAUAAGGGACAUGGGACAGCUUAACCACCCUUACCUAUCCAAAGUGAGUAAGACAGAAACGAAACCCAGGUUUCCUGAUCCCUAGUCCAGACUAAAACUAAACAGGUUUCAUGUUAUGCUGUAGGAGUUGCAGCAUAACAUGUCCUUAAACAUGUUGAGAGAGUGACACACAAGGAGGUUGAAGCAGGGGUCUUCAGGGUCAGGCAGGGAUCGGUCUAAGUCCAGACUGGCGAGGAUUAGGGCGACGGGGAGAACUCCUGCUGGGCCCUGUCCGGAUUGUUGCCAUGUGGGAAUUUGGCAAGGCAUUGCCAGUUUUCUGAUUUUCAAGGAAAGAAAUUAAUACACUUUGUAUUUAGGGACCAUAAGUGUGUGUAUAUAUAAUCCACAUGUACAUGAAUUACGUUCAGUCUACAGACAUAUGGGUUAUGUUAGUUGGCAACUACAGCGUAAAUAAAAAAUCUGCAAACAUGGCAAGACACAAAGUCCAAGCCAUCCAUGUGUGACCUCUGCUGUAAGUAUUCACUUAGCCAGUGCUUUGGAGCUUGAGAAAAGCCUGAGAAAUAGACAUGACGUCAAAGGAUGAAAUCAUGGGAACAGUUUGGAUUUUGUUACAAAGUCUUAAAUAUUUUUAAAAAUGAUCUUUCCGUAUCUCAAAUUUUGUUCUGUAAAGUGUUCUACCUUUUAAUUUCCAUGGUCCUUUAUAUCUCUUUCAGCAUCAUUCCAUGAUUUUUCUUCUAAUCAUACUCCCUCAAAAAAACCCUUUUUCAUUUUCCAACGUUUUUUGGCUAUUAUUAUCCCCAAGUAACAUCUCAAAACAAUUUCUAGUAAAUUCACACCUGAUAUUUGCUGCAAUAAUGUGAAUUCCCACACUGUUCAUACGUAACGAAAAUUCAAAGCCAUCAUUUGAACCUGAAAAGGCUUUUGAUUUCUAAAUGUGCUCAAAAAAUGUCAGGAGAGAUUCGCUAAAUUUUUAGCAGCAAGUAUCUUAGGGGAUGGGAAUUUUGGUAGUUAUGGUGUGGUGGACGUCUCCUUUUUACAUUAUACACCUGGGGAUUAUUUGAAUUUCUGCACUGUGUCUUACUUUUAUAAUUAAAAAUAAAGAUUAAAAACAGUU